AUGCAGAACCAGUCCGAGCCUAAUACAGUCGUCACGCAGGGAGAUGCUUCUGGUGCCGGGGGAAGAGUCAAAGGCUCGCAGAAUGGUCUCAUCUUCGCAUCAGCUGCGGUCAGCACUCCCGGUUCGAAAGCAAACUCGUUCUGGACCAUAGGCAUUCAAAUGGCGCGCUCCGAGGGUGCAAUGAGCCUUAUGAAUGGCCUCACCGCAAGCAUGCUCCGCGAGAUAGUCUACUCUGGAAUCAGGAUGGGUACCUACGAAUACUUCAAGGAUUCUUCCAUUUCCAGUGAUAGUUUGACGCUGAAAGUACUGGCUGCGACCGUUGCGGCAACGUUGGGAUCGGCCAUCGCGAACCCCACCGACCUAGUGAAAGUCCGCAUGCAGGCAUACUAUCCCCAGGGCAGCCCGUACCGUAACACACGCCACGCGUUCCAAACAGUUUGGCAUGAAGGUGCCCGAGGCGAGAUGUCAUCCAUCGUGCGCAGCGUCCGCGCGCUCUAUCGCGGCGCCGACGCGACGACUGUCCGCGGUGUGGUGCUCUCUGUAUCGCAGAUAUGCUCCUACGACCAGAUCAAGCAGAUUUUCAAGCGUCGUGGGGUAAUAGAAGAGGGCUUACCCCUGCACUUCACGGCCAGCAUGUUCGCUGGUUUUAUCUGCUCAGUGACGUCUAAUCCUGUCGACGUAGUAAAGGUGCGCGUGAUGAACGAUAAGGAGCGCCAGUUCAAGGGUAUUACGGACUGUGUCAGAACGAUUUUGAGAAAAGAAGGCCCUCUUGCGUUCUAUAAAGGUUUCGGGAUGUGCUGGGCGAGGCUUGGCACUCACACUAUCUUGAGCUUUGUUGCAUUUGAGCGUCUUCGGUCGUUGUUUGGUAUAGCCCCCAUGUGA